AUGAAUGUUUAUAAGAUAGCUAAAACGGGGUCCCUCUGUUGUGUGGCUGCAAGGCCACAUGGGUCUAAUGCGGCCAGCCGGGACUGGUCUGUGGGACCACACGAGCCCUAUUGGAGAACUAAUACAAGUUUUUCUCCUCCACCUUCAAGAUGGGACUUACAAUUCCAACCGGAAGCGGUGUCAUUUGGUUCCCAUGAUGGCAUUCAGUUGUAUGGUUCUUCAGCAUCAUCAAAUAGUAGAGAAAGUAGAAGUUGGGUGAGAGGAAACAAUCUGACAAAUCAUCAGUUUCUUGUAUCCGAUGGCAUUGGUCCCUACUUAAGCAGUCCGGCUGACAUAUCUCCUUCACAGCAAUGGACUCCCCCAGCAAUACAAGAAAUUGGCACUGAUGAUUAUGGUGCUUCAAGGAGAGAAAGGCCUGCUAGAGAGGGUACUGGUGUUGCAUCUGCUGGGCUGGCUGAAUUUGAUGCUGUGACUCCACUAAGAGACAGACAUCACUUGAGCAGCGCUAGUGGCAGCAUUGACUUCACUGAAGCACCCGAGACGUUUGAAUGUGAUCUUUCAAACAGGUCUCGCAGUCCUGCAGAUUGUUUCAGAUGCGGGUUGUGUGAGAGGUUCCUUUCACAAAGAUCGCCAUGGAGCUCUCGUAGGAUUGUGAAGAGUGGAGAUAUGCCAGUCGCUGGAGUCCUUUCCUGUCGCCAUGUCUUCCAUGCAGAGUGCUUGGACCAAACAACGCCUAAAGCUCGUAAGAAUGAUCCUCCAUGUCCCAUCUGCAUCAAGAUUGAAGAAGAGAACUCCCCAGACCAGAGAAUGUUUUCCAAGCUGAGGAAUACCUUCCCUCGGCUCAAAGCUUUCUCUGAAGAUGCGCCAUCCAAGCAAUGGGGCUGCGUCCAAGCAGGAGAUUGCGUCGAAGGAGCAUUCCACACACCCAGUCGAAACACAUUGAUGUCCCUUAACAGGAACCAGUUGCGGAAGAACCUUUCAUUGAAGGGAAGUGCAGGGAAAUUGAGGAAGAGUGGCUCGUUUUCGCCCCAGCUUUUUGCAGGAUCAGGUGGUGAACAUGGUGCUGCUGGUUCCUCCAAGACAACCGGGGGUUCCAGUUUCAAGUAAAGAAAAGUGGAAUUUGUGUAUAGAGAUAGACAGUGAUGGGUUCCUGUGGCUGCUAGUAUUGAUUUUGGGUUCCUUGUGAUUUAUGACUGGUGUUUGUGGUAAUGUUAUGUUGUCUCUAGGCAUCAUAAUUUGUUUCUAGAAUCCCUUUGUAUUUAAACCCCUUUUAGGAAAUCUUUUGCAGCUCCUCCA